AUGGCUGAAGCAGUGCUCUUCACCCUCACCAACGACAUACUGAAAUUCGCUGGUUCCAACAUCUUUUCGAAGAUCCAACUUGCACGAGGUGCGAGCGAUGAUCUCAAGGGUCUCAAGUACACCAUUCAGACCAUCCAAACUAUGCUUUUGGAUGCCGAGAAGAAACAAUGGGACAGCGAGCAGGUCAAGCUCUGGCUCAUGAGGCUGAAGGACGUGUUGUAUGACGCACAGGACUUGCUGGACGAUGUCGCAACCGAAGAUCUGAGGUGGAAAGUCACUCCCGGAAACAAGAUGUCAAAAGCGGUAUGUUUUUUCUUCUCCAAAUCAAAUCAGCUAGCACAUCCCUACAAAGUGGCUAAAAGGAUUCAGGAAAUUAGGAAGAAACUGGAUUGGAUUGCAAAAGAUAGGGAGUUCCGUUUAGAGGAGCAUCGGAGUGAGGCAACUGUUGCUAUUGUGAGGAGGAGGACGACUGACUCUUUUGUGCGGAAGGAAGAAAUAAUUGGUAGACAAUCUGAUGAGAGGGAGAUCAUCAAAUCUUUGCUUGAUUCCUCCUCCAAAGAGAAUGUUUCGGUUGUUCCCAUAGUUGGUAUGGGAGGAAUUGGAAAAACCACACUUGCUCGGCUGGCGUACAACAAUGACAAAGUGACAAACAACUUCGAGCUUAAGAUGUGGGCAUGUGUAUCCGAUGUCUUUGAUCUGGAUUUUCUCAUCAGACAAAUACUGAAAUCUACCCGAGAUAAGUAUAAAGGGGAUCCUGAGACGACGGAAAAGCUGCGAGACAUUGAUAAUAAGUGUACGGACGAAUUGCCGGAACUUCUUCAUAAGGUACUGGUAGGGAAGAAAUACUUGCUAGUUUUGGAUGACUUGUGGAAUGAAAAGCGUGAGAGAUGGUUGGAGCUCCAACGUUUGCUAAUGGGUGGUUCAUUGGGGAGCAAGAUACUCGUAACCACGCGCAAUCACUCAGUGGUGGAGGCUAUAGGUACAAAAUUAGGUAUCUAUAAUCUAAAUGUCUUAUCUGAAGAUGAGUCGUGGGACUUAUUCAAGAAAACGGCUUUCGGAGAUGAGGAAGAAUUAUUAAACCAAAAUCUGGAGCAGAUAGGUCGAGAUAUAGUUAAAAAAUGCAGUCGUGUUCCCCUUGCCAUCAAAACUAUAGGCAAUCUUUUGUUUGCCAAAAAUGAAAAGGAGUGGCUCUAUUUCAAAGAGCAUGCAUUCUCAAAAAUAGAUACGUUGAACCCUGGAAUAAUGGAAGUCCUCAAAAUGAGUUACGAUCAUCUUCAGCCUAGGCUAAAACAUUGUUUUGCAUAUUGUGCGUUGUUUCCAAAAGAUUAUGUCUUCAAUAAACAAACAAUGAUACAAUUGUGGAUGGCGCAAGGUUUUAUUGAGUCAUUGGAUGAGAAUGAAGAGCUAGAAGAGAUCGGGGAUGAUUAUGUCUCAGACCUACUAUGUGGGUCAUUUCUUGAAGUUGAGGAGGUCGAUCCUAACACUGGUAAGGUGAAACUGUUCAAGAUGCAUGAUCUCAUGCACGAUCUUGCCUUGAAAGUCGCGGGAAAUGAGUGCAAGAUGGUCAAUCUCAACAAAGGCAAAGACAAUAUGGAUGAAGAUACUCGACAUGCAUCUUUUGAUUUACAAUCGCCCUUAUCACUGCAGGAAUACUACACAGCCCUUCUUCCCAUCUCUCGAGAGUUUGACCCUCUUCAAGUGUGGGAAGCCGAAAGGACGGUGGAUAGGAAGGCAAUUGAUGGUGGCAUUUCAAAAGCAUCAGUCAGACAAUUCACGGUCAUCCUUCCCAAAACUUCGGUCCAUGGUAAUACAACAUUGUUCCGCCUUGAACUUCGUGCCACCAUUCCCCCAAGUGGAAUACUUGAAGAUAGAUGA